AUGCGAAAGAGCCCAUUGUUGAGGGGGGAGGGUGGCGGGGCAGGAGCCUUAAGGGGGCCCGGCAAGCUGUCAGCGGAGGAUGCUAUGGCCUGCCAGCAUGACCCCGGCAGAGGGCCGCCCACUCCCUGCAAGUUCUUCAUACUGGAUGUGUCGGAGAUGGCGAAGGAGCUCGGUCUGCCUACAUGCAGUGAGGAGCGGCUAGCGACGGACCCAGAGACGGGCAUGGUGCUGCCCAACCCGGGCAAGGUCGCGCCCGAGGCCACCAUCCCUGAUCCACCCCCAGACCACGAGUGGAUCUACCCCUACUCCGUCGGACCCCACUACUACAGCCAGAACGCCGGCCCAUGGUAUGUGUACCACGCGCUCCGCAACAGCAAGCACAGCGUGGCGACGAUUGACGAGGCGGAUGUGGUGUAUGUGUACGACUACUGCUACAUGAUGUGGAUCCUGUCGGACCACCACGCUCGCGAGCACUGGUGGCUGCGUGACAACUACUCCCCCCCACGCAAGACCGGCUCCCACCUGCUCUCCGUCUACCGGGCGAUAAUGGCGCUGCCGCGGUGGCAGAAGAGCGGGGGGCGCGACUUUGUGUUCUACCACUCGCACUCAGGCUUUGAGUGGGACGAUCUGGAGACCACCAACAAGUACCAGGAGAUGCUCUGCCAUGACUUCCAGUGGGCCACGUUUCUGGUGAUAGAGCAGAUGCAGCGGUGGCGAUGCCCGACGUACAACCCCCGCACAACGAUCGUGGCCCCCUACAGCUCCACUGAAGUCAUCAACGCCCUGCCGGACGCCGACAAGGAGCUGCUGCUCUUCUUCAGGGGGGACUGCGAGCCCCCCGUGCCGGAGGUGGUGGGCAAGUACAUGCGCGCCAAGGUGGUGGCCAGCCUGCGCUCGGUGGCGGCCGCGGAGAGAGACAACGCCGCGGGUGACGAGGACGACUUCGAGGAGGGGCUCGGCGACGACCUCAGCGUCUGCUGCCACGGCCGCGCCGCCGGCCCCGAGGUGGCGUGCACGGAGCGCGAGUUUGAUCUGAACGAGCUGAAGGUGCAGCCGCACCGGCCGAUGCUAGAGGCGAUGGCCGGCAGCGUCUUCUGCCUCAUCCUGCCGGGCAACAGCCAGUCCAGUCAGCGCCUGACCGAGGCCUUCCUGACCGGUUGCAUCCCGGUCUUCCUGGGACCGCCCUGGCACACGCUGCCCUUCGCGCACGAGGUGGACUAUGCAGCGGCGGGUAUUUUCCUGAACAUCACUGGAGGGGAAGAGGGGGGAUCUGCACCCUGGUGGGAGCAGCCGGGCCUGCAGAUGGCCCCAGGCCUUGAAGCCAUGACCCAGAUAGAGGAGCGGUUCAGCCCCGCGUGGUGGUUUGCCGAUGUGCCCUCCGAGGCCAUUGGCAGCAUGCAGCACCUGGGGAACGUGCUGCCGCUGUUGAGACAGAUGGAUGAGGAGGUGGUACUGGCAAAGCUGGAGGCGGUGAAGCGAUACCGGUCGAUGUUCAUUUAUGCGACGCAGCCGCAGCACCCGCCCUCGGCGUCAGACAUAGCCAUCGAGCUGAUGUGCACCUACGCCAAGUUUGGCAUGCGAGACUGA